AUGAAUGCCAAGUUUUUCCAGUAUGAGAAACUUCUGAAAUAUGCCACCUUUCCCGAUCUGAGCGGCCAAGCGCCAUUUAUGGGCAAUGAAGACUUAAAGCAAGUUCACAGAGAAGUGAAAGACGUUUUCGACUGGUUGAAGGAACGAGGCGUUGAAGAGGUAAUGACCUUGACGGUAGAAGAUCGCCUACACUGUCCACAUAGUGACGAAGAUGUGGCGGCAUGUGUCAACAAUUUCCGUGUCAGAGUUCUCAAGUGGAGAAAGCUGGACAUAUACCUCAAAAAUAUCGACAAAGAUUCAAUAGAGGAACUGCAUCUCUAUUCCAGUGGCAAUCAAUCUGUUCACGAUCAGUGGUUAGUUCAAAUACCACAAUUUAAGCGGGUAAGAUGCCGAACCUGCCCCUACCAAUGUGAUCAUGCCUGGUCUUACUCAAGUACUAGCUGA